AUGUCCGAUAAUGAUGGCACUGAUAUUCUCAAAUGCCGUUGGUCAAAUGCAAAUUCAGGCACAAAUUACAAUCGUAGGGAUGAAUGUGAAGACGCUUGUUUCGGACUGAAUGGGAUUUCAACACUUUAUGAAGAAAAUUGUACGUUGGUAUUUACAUUACCAACUACCCGUAUUGGAUGGUACUAUGUUGUCGCAUUACAAAUUGAAGACUAUUACGACUCAUCUUCCACUGCUCCAAUGAGUUCUGUACCCAUCCAAUUUCUCUUUUAUGCCUAUUCGUCGACUAGCAGUUGCACAACGAGACCACAAAUUAUCGGCGAACGACCAAACCGUGACGUAACAGUUACCGAACGGGUCAUUGCACAAUCUUUCUGUAGUGGAGCGACUAUUACUAAUUAUGUAACAAGUUCACCUAUUGGAAUGCAGCAUAGUGCGGUCGUUAGUCAAGGAGGUGGACUUUAUGUUAUGACACUCACAUGGACACCAGAAGACAAUCAAUAUGGUCCACAAGGUUUUUGUGCUGGUGCUGUUGAUAGCAAUAAUUUGCAAUCAGAUGCUUGGUGUAUCACGUAUUUAGUAGGAUUUGACUCACCGGAUCUUAUCCGAACAGCAGCUGUUCAAGGCACUGCUUCACCAAUUGGAACUAUAUUUUCAAAUCACUCAGUAUUUUCGAUACAAGCCACUCGUGAUGUUCAUCGUCCAACUCGAAAUGGAACUUACAUAAAGUUUAUGGAUGCUUCAACUAACACAGCAGUACAAACAUUUGAUGCAGGAUGGGAAUCAAAUAUAUUGUAUAGUGGAGAUACGAUCAGUAUCAUAGCGAGCUAUUCAUGGGUUCCAGGACGUAGUUAUUAUGUUCUUUUUGAUAGUGGUCCUGAAUCAGCACCGAUAACUGAUCCCACGUUUUGGGCCUUCAAUAUAUGGGAUCCUGGUGUAUCAAGUACAACUACAACUACUACUACACCUCCAACAACAGGGACUGUAACAACUCGACCACUAUCAACGACAACUGUCAACACAUUGGUAAAAUUCCAUAACUCAUUUUUAAUGAGAAGAGAUCUCAAAUUGUUUUACCAACUUCUGACAUAAUACGGCACUAAACGAUUAAAAUAUCCAAAAGGAGAAUAGUUCUUUUGUAUCAUAGUUAUUUUUAAUAGAUUUUUUGCUUAUUCAAGAUGAGGAUACCGUAGCAACAAGAUGACUUCUUUCAUUGGAUUUUUCUUAAUAAAACCAUCGCAGUUAACUUCACUCUCUAUCAGUUUCAAUCAGGAUGAAAAUAUACUCCUCUGAGUUGCAAGUUCGUUGAAAUAACCGAAAUUUUCUUUGAAAAGUUUUUGAAAAUCAAUAAAAGGUAAAGGGUGUACUAGUGGCUAUGAUACCUAUAUGUUGGACCCUCCAGUUCCAAGAAAUUUCAUGUCAUAAGUAAUCGUAUCGUAACAUAUAAUUUUGUCUUCUUGAAAGCUAACAACCACUGGUCUUCAUGUUACUACUUCUGUUACUGUUAUAACCACAACCACUACUGCGUCCACUACAACCACAACCACUACAUCCAGUAAUAUUCGAUUAUUUGAUUUAAUAAAUUAGAUAACGAAUCCAUAUAUUUCAGGUGCCACAACCGUUACGAUGAGUACAACAGCUUCUUCAAUUCCUGAUGUGUCAAUCAUGGAUCCAAAAGCUUUUGUACGUCUUUUCGUGGCAUUUUCAGUGUUGAUAUUUUUCUUUCUUGAUUUCAUUUUAUUUAUAGGAAGAAGCAUGUAGACAAUCUGUGGCUUUAAUGACAAUUGCUACAUCUGCUGUCAUGGUGCCUCUACAUGCAAUUGGCAUGUUUACUAUAUUCACGCAAUUGAACAAGAUGUUUAAUCAGAAUCAGCUCGCCUCAGUAGUAAGACACCAAAGACGACUGAGAAAACUACGAUAAGAAAUAAACUUUUUUAUCAACGUAGAGACAUUAUUCAAGAAGACUACUUUACAAUUAAUUUGCCUAUUAACCUUUUUAACACUUAUUAUAAUACAUCAAUAUUAAUUUUCCAGAGAUUAUUUUUAAAUAAAAUCAUCAUUGAAAGAAAUAUUAUUAAUAGGCUUUUUUACCAGCAUUGAAUAGCCUAAAGUAUGUCAUGAAAAAAAGAGUGUAUCUAGACUGAAUAAAGCAAAUGCAUUUCGCUAUUGAAACAAUGAUUCACUCAAAAAUGAAUAAUGAUUUUGAAUUGGAUGUGUUAAAUACGAAUCUGUUUUACUCGGAUGGUAAAGCAUAUAAGAAGAAUGCGUUCUGAAGAUGAUUAUAUAUUUUUUUUCUGAAAUUUUGUUUCUUUAAACAUUCAUCUUGAACGAUUGUGGGGUGUGAGUGUGAUGGUAUGAAUCACCUAUUCAGUCAGACCGACAUCCACUCACGCCAACACUAAUUUUAGUAACAAUAUAGUAAUUUGAAUAUUUUUAAACGCUUUUCUCACGUGAAAAAAUCUCAAAGAAAGGUCAAGUACAGUUGUUAUCGAAAAACAGUGCCUUUUUAGGAAAUCACAAGAAUUUUUUUUCUUCUUCUUCAAUUUUUGUAACCAAGUUCGUUAUAAAAUCUGCAUCAAAAACUGUUUCCGAAAUUGGUAUUUCGUUCUAUAAUCAAAAAUUAGUCUUUUAGAUUGUUAUAUUCAGCUGCUGUGAAUUUAAUAUAGUACAGUAGGUCAUAUUAUGAAUCUAUCUAUUACCGGUUUUUGAAAACAGUGCGCUCGGGGAGAUUGCUUAUAACUUUUGAAGAAAAGGGGACAGAGAUCUGCGGUUUUCGCCGUUGGAAAGAGGAGAUCAAGGCACAUUGAACCGUAUAAUAAAAAUUUUUCUGACAUGGUUUGUCAAAGUUUUAUGUCAAUUAUCUAAAAAAACUACGCCUUAACAAGUUGGAAAAAUUAUUUUUUUCAACAAAAAAUUUUGAAAAAAGUGAUUUUUUUCCGCAAAUUUGUUGGAAAAUUAGGUAGGGGCUACCAGUAAAAUGGAUACAACUCCUGAGCUAUAAAAGAUACAGACCUGGGGCUAAUCUAGAAUUGUAGAUCUCGAUCCGGCUAUUAACUUCACUAUUUGGAAAUCAAAAUCCGACAUAUGCUCAGGGAAUGGCAAUCUCGCCAAGCUUACAUCCGAGGGUUUACAUUGGUAAACCUUACUUGAAGGUCUGGUUAUUUCAUAGUAAUACGUACCCUGCUGUGCUCUAUCGAACAAUGAAAACCGCAGGUCCCUAUCACCUCUCCUUGAAAAGUUAAAAGCAAUCUCUUCGAGCGCACCGUUUUCAAAAACCAGUACUAGUUUCUUUAUUUUUGCAAUAUGACGAUUAUUUUUAGGAUAUGAAUGUGAGUGUGGCUGGUGUGGUGUAAAUCUUCUCUUCACUUAUAUCCACACUCCUCAUCAGAGAUGUCCAUCGCGGCGCUGCCGCUGCCGCUGCCGCUGCCGCGGUGGCGGUGGCGGCGCGGCAGCGGCAGGUUUUUAAAAAAAAUCACCGCGGCAGCGGCGCGGUAGCGGCAGAUUUUUUUAAAAGUCAUCGCGGCAGCGGCGCGGUAGCGG